AUGCACUGGAUACGUCAGGCACCUGGGAAAGGUCUUGAAUGGAUAGGAGCAAUUUGGUAUGAUGCCAGUAAAACAGUGUAUGCCAAAUCUUUAGAAGGACGUAUAGAAAUAACAAGGAACAACAAGGAGAGUGUGGUUUUUUUAGAACUGAAGAAUCUGGUCGCUGAAGAUACAGCCACAUAUUUCUGUGCUAGAGCACACUGUCAGAAAUCGUGUAACUGUCGUACAAUAUCUUUCUAG